GCCUACUAGCAUGGCAGCACAAAAGGGUCAACUUGUGCAAGUGCUCUUGUUCCCCCGUGUCUCUCUCUCUCUCUCUCCACAUGCAAGUGCUCUUGUUCUCUCAUCUGAAUCUCUUGUGCAUAUGCAGCAGCAGAUUCUCUCCUGAGAAACACCACUCUCUCUCUCUCUCUCUACUCUCUCCGAAUUAGCUAAGAGGAAGAGUUUCAAAUGCAAAUGUAGGUGUGGAAUUGUUUUGGGGGAUUAGCUAGGUCGUGGUUGAAUUGAGUGUCUUGAGGUGUGGUGUGGGGGGAUUUUGCUUCCAGAGUGUAAGCUGCUGCUUUAGGAUCGGGAGGUGGGGGAUCAAUGUGGAAGCUUAAGAUCGCGGAAGGAGGAGGGAGCCCGUGGCUUCGCACGGUGAACGGUCACGUGGGGAGGCAAUUCUGGGAGUUCGAUCCCACGGAAGUACCCCUCGGUUCAACCGAUCAUGAGAUCAUCAAAGAGAUCGAUAAGGCUCGCGAAAAUUUUCACAACAAUCGUUUCCACAAAAAGCACAGCUCCGAUCUGCUCAUGCGCAUUCAGUUUUCCAAGGAAAAUUCAAGCGGGGUUGUUUUACCACAAGUCAAAGUAAAAGAUACGGAAGACAUUACGGAAGAUCAAGUAACGACCACGUUAAGAAGAGCUAUCAGUUUUCACUCAACUCUCCAAGCGCACGAUGGGCAUUGGCCUGGAGAUUAUGGUGGUCCUAUGUUUUUAAUGCCUGGCUUGGUCAUUACUCUGUCCAUUGUGGGGGCAUUGAAUGCAGUUUUGUCUAAAGCACAUAAGCAUGAGAUGUGCCGGUAUAUUUACAAUCAUCAGAAUACAGAUGGUGGGUGGGGCCUACACAUUGAGGGCCCCAGCACCAUGUUUGGUACUGUCUUGAACUAUGUUACUUUGAGAUUGCUUGGAGAAGGAGCUAACGAUGGGCAAGGGGCAGUGGAGAAAGGACGAAAAUGGGUUCUAGACCAUGGUGGUGCUACUACAAUAACAUCAUGGGGGAAAAUGUGGCUUUCAGUACUUGGAGUAUUUGAAUGGUCUGGAAACAAUCCCUUGCCCCCUGAGAUGUAUCUUUUACCUUAUAUUCUGCCAGUCCAUCCUGGAAGGAUGUGGUGUCACUGUCGGAUGGUUUACUUGCCGAUGUCGUACUUAUAUGGGAAGAGGUUUGUUGGUCCAAUCACGCCAACUGUUUUGGCUUUGAGAAAGGAGCUCUAUACAUUGCCUUACCAUGAAAUUGAAUGGAAUCAAGCACGGAACCAAUGUGCAAAGGAAGACUUGUACUACCCACAUCCUCUCGUACAGGAUCUACUUUGGGUAUCUAUUGACAAGGUUGUGGAACCGAUUCUCAUGCAUUGGCCUGGGAAAAGGUUGAGAGAGAAGGCUCUUCGUGUUGCAAUGGAGCACAUACACUAUGAAGAUGAGAAUACUCGAUAUAUAUGCAUAGGGCCUGUAAACAAGGUGCUAAAUAUGCUUUGCUGUUGGGCAGAAGACCCAAAUUCAGAGGCCUUCAAGUUGCAUCUUCCAAGAAUCUAUGACUACCUGUGGCUUGCCGAAGAUGGCAUGAAAAUGCAGGGGUAUAAUGGUAGCCAAUUAUGGGACACUGCUUUUGCUGUCCAAGCAAUUGUUUCAACGAACCUUGCUGAAGAAUAUGGUCCCACUCUUAAGAAUGCACAUAGCUAUAUAAAGAAAUCCCAGGUUUUAGACGAUUGCCCGGGAAAUCUUGAUUUCUGGUAUCGCCACAUAUCAAAAGGUGCUUGGCCUUUCUCAACUGUGGAUCAUGGAUGGCCUAUCUCUGACUGCACAGCUGAAGGAUUGAAAGCUGUUCUCCUAUUAUCAAAACUGCCAUCAGACAUUGUUGGUGAACCAAUAGAUGCGAAGCUGUUAUACGAUGCUGUAAAUGUUAUUCUUUCUCUACAGAAUAGUGACGGCGGAUUUGCAACAUAUGAGCUCACAAGAUCCUACAGAUGGUUGGAGUUACUGAACCCUGCGGAAACUUUUGGCGACAUUGUUAUUGAUUAUCCUUAUGUAGAAUGUACCUCAGCUGCAAUGCAAGCUUUGUCAUCAUUUAAGAAGUUAUACCCUGGGCAUCGGCGUCAAGAAAUAGAAGGGUGUAUUGAAAGAGCUGCUAUGUUUAUUGAGAAGAUACAAGCACCAGAUGGCUCAUGGUACGGCUCUUGGGCUGUUUGCUUCACCUAUGGUUCGUGGUUUGGGAUAAAAGGGUUAGUGGCCGCUGGAAAAAACUACCAUAACUGUUCUGGCAUCCGCAAGGCAUGUGAUUUUCUAUUGUCCAGACAACGUGCUUCCGGUGGUUGGGGAGAGAGUUACCUUUCUUGUCAGAACAAGGUGUAUACAAAUCUUGAGGGUAACAGGUCGCAUGUAGUGAAUACCGGAUGGGCUGUGCUGGCUCUCAUUGAUGCAGGCCAGGUCGAGAGAGAUCCAGCACCUUUGCACCGUGCAGCAAGGUUAUUAAUAAAUUCUCAAAUGGAGAAUGGAGAUUUCCCGCAAGAGGAGAUCAUGGGGGUUUUCAACAAAAACUGCAUGAUCACUUAUGCUGCAUACAGAAACAUUAUCCCAAUUUGGGCUUUGGGCGAGUAUCGAUGUAGGGUACUUCGGGCCCAAUGAAAUUACCCUGUUGUGAAUCGCGAUUCCAGACUACCAUUUGCUUUUUGUCUUUAGCUAUUUUUUUCUGUUCCUUUUGUGGCUUUUCCUGUUUGCACACUUCUUUAAAUGCUUUGAAAAUUGUACUCCAGUAGAUUUCUUGUAUGCAGUAUCAUUUUUUUUUUUAUCUCCAACGCAAUAUCAUUUAGUACUGCAACAAA